AUGGUUUAUACACAAUUUGCUUGCAGAUCUGCACAGUAUAUUAGUUUAACAAAUGGAUAUCCAUUAUAUGCACCAGUCACAGGUUUUAAUAAACCAGGAAAAGACAUGUUGACAUGUUCGUACGGACUUGAUGGACGCUUUUUUGCGUGGUCUUCCUCUGAAAAUGUUAAAAUUGUCGAUGCAUCAACAGGAGAAUUGGUUCAGAUCUUAAACAUUCCUAAAGUAUGUGAGAUUAUGUUAUCUCCAAAGAGCAAUUAUAUCGUUACGUGGCAAAGACCAUGUAAUUUUAUCCUUCUUUUGAAUUACAAAAAUAUAAUAAUUUUAGCUAAAACAGAAGAUGGAUCUGCCAAUAAGAAUCUUAAAAUAUGGAAUAUAAGUACAGCGAAAUUAUUAUGUUCUUUUGUUCAAAAAAGUCAAAUAUGGAAUUUGCAAUAUACAACAGAUGAGAAACUUUGUGCACGUAAAGUAACAAAUGAAGUUCAAUUUUUUGAAGCUACAAAUAUGGAGAAAGGUCCUAUAUAUAAGCUUUAUGCUGAAGGUGUAUCAUCAUUUUCAUUAUCUCCAGGGAGAAACAAUGUAGUUGCAGUAUUUAUUCCGGAAAUGAAGGGAAAACCGGCAACUGUAUCAAUUUAUAAUAUUCCGACUUUUUCUUUUGUUGUUAGUCAAAAAGCAUUUUACAAAGCAGAUAAUAUUCAGAUGAAAUGGAACAAAAUUGGAACCACAUUAAUUAUUUCAACAUCUACAGAUGUAGAUAAAACAAAUAAAAGUUAUUAUGGAGAAACAAAUAUGUAUAUUUUAAGUGCAAUAAGAAAUUACGAUUCUAAAGUUAUUCUUGAUAAAGAAGGGCCUAUUCAUGAUGUAACAUGGUCACCAAAUUCGCGCGAGUUUGGGGUAGUAUAUGGCUACAUGCCAUCUAAAGCUACUAUCUUUGAUCACCAAGCAAACGUCGUCCAUUCUUUACCUCUUUCUCCCCGUAAUACGAUACUUUUUUCUCCUCAUGAUCGGUUUGUUUUAGUAGCUGGUUUUGGGAAUCUACAAGGAACAAUAGAUAUUUAUGAUAAAGAAAAAAAAAUGGUAAAAAUAGCAACAAUAGAAGCUAGUAAUGCUAGUGUUUGUAAAUGGAGUCCUGAUGGUAGACAUAUUUUAACAGGAAUAACAAGUCCAAGGUUAAGAGUAGAUAAUGGAAUUAAAAUUUGGCAUUAUACUGGCACUUUGAUGUAUAGCGAAGAAAUAAAUGAACUUUAUCAGGUUCUUUGGAGACCGCAAGAUCCUGAAAUAUAUCCUCUUCGCUCAUCUCUUUCGCCAGCACCUAAACCGCAUUCUUCUGCUUCACUAAUAGCUAGUAAAACUCCAACUAAACCAGUAGGGGCAUAUAGGCCUCCUCAUGCUCGUUCUACCUCUACUCCUGAAGAAUAUAAAAGAGAAGAUGAGAAAAUCAAUGUUGAAGUAAAUAUUCAAAAAGCAGCACCUAAAGCACCACUUAUAAGCUCAAUUGUACCUGGAGCAGGCACUUCAAUACAUAACCAAGCUCUAAAUUGCAGUAAAGCUGCUUUAAAAAAUAAAAAAAGAAGAGAUGCUGCAAGAAAAGUAAAAGAAAUAGAAAUUAAUAAUGCAUUAAAUACUAAUGGUACGUUAUCUCAAGAAACUACUUUAGAUUUAAAAGAUUCUUCUACUGUUCAAAAUUCUUUUGAUAAUGAAAACAAAAGAAUUCGUUCACUACUUAAAAAAUUACGAGCUAUUCAAGAAUUAAAAUUAUUACAAACAAGAGGGGAUAAAUUGGAAGAUACACAAAUAAGAAAAAUAGCCACAGAAAAUCAAAUAAGAAUAGAGCUUUUAACUUUAGGUUGGAAAGAUCAGUAA